AUGGGGACGGUGGAGCAGGCAGUGGAGAUCGAUUUUCUGGAGAGGCAGCCGCUGGCGGCCUCGUCGGGCGGCGGUGAAUGCGACGAGGAGGAGACAGUCCUCUGCAGCGCGUCCUUCGAGGACAUGGAGGACAGCUUCCUCAGAUACCAGACAGCCCUCUGGGUUCUUUACUCCCUGCUCCUGAUCUUGGCCUGGGGGAUCGGGCUUCUGAUGCUGCUCUAUGCCCCCAUCCGCCGCUACGUUAUGCGGCGGGAAUUCAGGUCCAGAAAGCUGUACCUCACUCCUAAUGCCAUCGUCUACAAGGUACGGAUAUUUCCAUGGGCCUUUCUCAUGCUUUAUCAUCUUCCGAUGAAUUCCCAGCACAUCUUGGCGAAGAAUAUUAUCACCAACUAGCGUAAUUCGGCUUCUCUGCUCAGCUCGGGAAGGUGUCUUAGGGAUAGUUCCACAAGGUGGUAGAGGCCUUGUUUGGAUAUGAUAUGCAGUCUCCCUGGAGAAAUUCUCCAUGGUCUGCUCUUGCCGGCCCCUCUUGGUCUCUGAGGAGGUCUUCUGAUGCUGCCGUUCUUGCAUAGAAUGGCCGUGAAGCGGUCGAUCCCACCACAGAGCUUGACGGCGGAUCUGAUUCUACCGUUCUUGCUGGGACAGUAGACGUUUCUUGGUCCAUAUAAUAAUUCGAUGAAUUACGGCUGCUCAUUGCCUCUUCUCCUGUGGAUUCCAGGCUCUGCAUCAUGGAGAAGUAAGUAGUCUUCUCAUUAAAGGCCCAUGCUUGAUUCUGCAGGUCACGAGGCCCGCGGCUUUUCCCUACUUUGGGGUGCUUAAGAAGGAGAAGUACGUGGUGCUUCCUUCGGUUGCAGACAUCAUGAUUGAGCAAGGUUGAGGACGAUCAGAACUGAAAGCUGAAAGGAUCCACACCACCCUGAUUAGGCGAUGCUAACACUUGUCUGCCAUUAGCAGGAUAUCUCCAGUCCUUCUUCGGCGUGUACUCAAUGAGGAUAGAGAAUGCGGGGGUGCAGAGGCCUGCAAGUGACUAUGUUAAGAUCCAGGGGGUGGCCAAUCCGAGAGCCUUUAGGAAGGUAUCCCUUCCUUCAGCUGGCAUCAUUCUUUCUUAUGUAAUGUUUUGAAUAAAUGAUCUACUUACUCAGAACCAUCCUCUGGGUGUAUUAUUGGCCAGGCUGUUCUAAGCUACCUUGCUAAGAUCAAAAGUGGGAGCUUCAGUCGUCAAGCUUCUAUCCAAGAGGAUCUGCCGAGUUUUCUGUCUGUUGGGGUACGAUAAUAAUUCUACUAGAUUUACGGCAUUUAAAAUCAUUGAAGUCCAUCUCUUCACCUCUCAUGGUGGCUGCAGAAGAUCCCAGACGUACCCAAGUUAGAGAUUUUUUUUUUUUUUUGUUGUUCAACCGAAUUGUUGGCGUUUCUUCUUGCAGCGGUUUUUCAGGCUUUGUUGACCCUGUCUGAAUUAAACGUCGCCUAGUGAUAACAUGAGAGUCCUCUCCAGGAGGCUUCACAUGACUUUCCGUUGUAGAAUCUCCGCUUUGAUCUCAUCUUGUGUGUUUACAAAGCCACAAACCAGAUGAGAAAGAGAAAAAAAAAAAAAAGAAAAAGAAAGAAAAACUGGGGGAAAGUAUUUAUGCCGAACCCAUCUCUUACAUGGUUAUAAGUAUCAUUAGUAGUAGCAAAACUGCGCUUGUGAUUAUGUUUUUAUGCGUAGAUAAAUCCUAACUUUGAAUAAUUUGGCUUUUCCCUUCUAAGUAUCAAAAGCAUUCUUGCUGUAAAAAAUGCAGGUGUCACCCUCGAGAUCUCACAGAAUCACCCCGCUAACCCCAUCAGGGGAUCAGAUAAUGCAGAAGCUCGAGGAGGUUGGAUCCUCUGUGAAGGUCCGAAAUCCAUGAGGCAGACUCUCCCCCCUCCCCUGUUCUUCUUAUGCCUGAUCUGUUCAUCUCAUACUUCGAAGUACUGCAGAGGGUUCAGAGCCUAAUCGAGAAGCGACAGGGGCACCCCUGA